AUGGAAAGGUUGGAAAUGCUUGGGGAUUCCGGGGUUGGGCAUGAUAAAGUGGUGUCGGCCAAGAACAUUGUUGCUUCAAAGCUCGGGUACGACAAAAAAGAUCAGGCUCAAUCUCAGAGUCCGAAUGAAUCACGUGAAGAUCAAAACACAACUAAGGCACGGUGGUUAGUUAGCAACUUUGGUGCCAAAGGUCUGUCAAUUGUACCAUUGUUGACACCGGAAGCAGACCUGUGGAGUGGCGUUGUCGAUGGAUACUCGCCUUUUAGGCUGAAGGACUUGAAUAGUGGUUGCUGGAGGUUUGAUGGCAAUGGAAGAAUGCCUUGGUUUUCCGGUUGUCAUCGUGGCUGGCUAACCAAAGCCAAAUGCUGUUUUAGUUUAGGAUCAAAGCCUUUGGAGAUGGCAUCGAACAAUAAGAUGAAGGGCCUUUUAAAAGGCCUUAGAUACAUUUCUGAAAUAUUUGAGAAUGAAAAGGAGCCUGAAAUGCAGAUUGGUUUGCCAACAGAUGUAAAGCAUGUGGCUCACAUAGGAUGGGAUGGUCCAUCAGCAGUAAAAUCUGCACCCAGCUGGAUGAAUGAGUUUAAAUCUUCACCUGCCAAUAAUUGUGAAGCUCGGGAAGAAGAUCCUCGCAGAUCGGUCUCUCAAGACGAGGUUAACGUAGAAGGUUCGAGGAGUCGAAGCUCAUCAGCAACAGACAUGGCAGAAGUGCCAAAAUCAUCGAAGCGCAGUUCAAAUUCUUCAACAGGAGAGUCAACAGGGAAGGAAAAAUCAGAUAAACCAAAGCAUUCAAAGAAGAGUACCAAGACCACUUCUUCUUCAAAGGAAACUUCUGAAAACCCCACAAAGCCUAAGAAAAAACCAAAGGAACCCAAAGAACACAAGGAACCAAAAGAACCAAAUGAUCCUACCGACUCAGACAAGAAAAGUAGACGACGAAAGAAAUCCAAAGACUGUGCUGAAGGAUCCUCCAGGCGGUCCAGGACCCGGGACUUGGAUAAUGGAUCCGAUUCCGGGUCGGUAGCUGGGAUCCGAGAGGACCGACUAAGUGGUUCGGGUUUUGAUGAAGGGGAAUUCUGA